AUGUCGAGAUCCAAGGAGAUUCAGGAGAAGCUAGAUCUGCAGGCAAAACUGCAGCGAUCGUUUGGUCGCAAUACAAAGAGAGUCCUCAGCUGGCUCGCCAUUAAGGAUACCGAAGAGCCCGUCGACACUACUGAGCUAAAUAACAGCAAGGCUACAUUUUUCACUCUGCCAGUGAUGCAAACUGGCUCAGGCCUCAAUCUGAACCCAGUGGCGAGCACGUCCGAGAAUCGGGAUGACAUACACACAGUCGGUGAGUUCAUACAAAGCGAAAAGAAGGUCAGCUCGUUGUCGAAAAAAAGACGACCACACCACAGCACCCAAAGCAGCGGGAUCCAUAGGAUAUCCAAGGAUGACACAAGGGCAAUGGUAGCUCUCAAAAGAAAGAUGAGGCAGAAUCAGAGAGAGGCUGCUCGACGCAAGACACAACCGGCCGCCGCGUCAGCAAACGAGCGGAACGGACACGAUGGUGAAUCUGAGGACGAGGAUGAUGAUAGACCGGUUCAGAAGGCCUCUAAGAAGUCCUUUGGUCUGCUAUUCAGUGGUGGAAAGAAGGCGAAGAGAUGA